ACUCUUCUGACAUAGGAGGUACAAAUGUGAAAAAGGCGGGUAUUGGACUCGUAGAAAAUGGAACAGAGCUCAGCUUCAACGUAUAAUAUCCCAUGUCAUGACAUAGUAAAUACUGUAGAGUUUUGUCCCUACGAAUGGUGCUCGACAUUACUUGCCAUUGGGACGAAUUCACGAGUAACAAUAUACCGCUGUAGAUUUAUCAAUGAGUAUGAUGAAGGAGAAGAUUCUAUGCAUGAGGAUUUUGAUUUCAAGUUGUUGAUAGACAUACAAAAUGGCUGUCCUGUGCGGUCGCUGUCGUGGUCACCGGUGACAUCGUACAAGUCGUACGAACAGCCAGACACUGUCAGAAUUGCAGCAGCUGGAAGUGACAACAGAAUAAAAAUAUUUACAACAGAUCUGGUGGAAGGAACAGAGGCAGAGGUACUUGAGGGUCAUUCAGAUUUUAUCAAUGCCCUCACAUACAACCCAGAAAAUGGAGACAUUCUGGCCUCAACAGGAGAUGAUUACACAUGUAGGUUAUGGGGGAAUGAUGGUAGUCAACAGGCCUGCUUCCAGCUCAGUGCCCCCGGCAUGUCAGUCUGCAUCCAUGAAAAAGAAUCUGGGAAGGUGGUGGUGGCCCAGAAGAAUGGAAUCAUUAAGAUGUUCAGCCUUGACCUUCAGCACCAGAUCAGUUCCUGUGACUGUGGGAUCUCCCCCCUAAUGGGGAUAGACUGGUGUAGAGAUGACGAGGACAUCAUAGGAGCUGUAGCCGGCACUGAGUGGCUGGUGUUCCAGUUAUCUAGGUCAAGUCAGCCCUUAGAGAGAAGACAGGCCCACACAGACGGCGUUAGAGACAUCAAGUGGUGUAAGAGUCAACCUAAUCUACUGGCUACAUCAGGCCGACCAGGAAGGCAAAUCAAAGUGUUCAAUACAAGGCAUCACCAGGUUCCUCUGAAUACUUCAUUAAAAGUAUCCUAUGGGAUGAGUUGGCAUGCUCAGUUACCAGUGUUAGCAGUGGGGGGUGAUUCACAGGUCCAUCUGUACUACAUAGAACCAGCCAGACAACAGACGUGAUACUGUCGGGAGAUGUUAACACUGUUACAGGACACUUUAAAUUAACAGAAAGUACUUAAGGAUACUGGAUUAGUGAUGUUUAAAAGACACCACAGCAACUCUGUUAUUGUGAAGUUAAAUGUGAACUCAAUCUUAAUGGUUAUAUACUUGUUUCUCUCUUGAGAGAAUAAAAAUAUCUCCUAAUACUGAAAUUACAUACUGUAAACCAACUUUUAUUCGCGACGACUUUAUUUCGCGAUUUAACGGUUGUAAAUUAGUUCGCAACGAUAAAAUUUCGCGAUCAAUUCA